AUGGACAGGCAAUCCUUUGACUGGGAGCAUGAAGGCUAUGAAUGGUUCGAUCCAGACGCUAUCAACGACUCGGAAAAAUUUGAAAGAGCUCCGUGCAUCCUUGAAAGCCUCCAAAAGGUGUGGUUCAGUGUUGACCUGAGCGAGGCGGCCGGCAACACCCUCGACCAGGGCUUGGUCGCUUUGCAUAACAAUCACGAGAGCGGCGCUCACCAGCUCGCAUCUAGUAUGGCUCUUCAUGUAUACAACGACGUGAUUGUUAGGAAGAUCGACAUUUCUGACAAGGACCGAUGGUGGAGAAACAAUGGGCGGGAAAGCAUGGACACAUCGAUGCUAAACAACGUUCUGGCAUGUUUAAGCACGAUUGAGGGUAAACUCCCAUCCAGCGUUGACAACGACAUCAUGGCUCUUGGAAACUCUACUAUCGUAUCGGCUAUAACCCACGUUCUUGGGAAGGUGUCGCAACCUAUACACGUCCACGUGCUCGAAUCGCGCCCGCUUUUCGAAGUUUUUAGGAUGGCUCAGGAAAUUGCUUCCUUUGCCAAUGAAAACAAGCCAAUGCUUGAUCUGACAGUCCACGCUGAUGCGAGCGUCGGUGUUGCGGCGAGAAGCAUCGACAUCAUGCUAAUCAGAGCGGAUCUAAUCGACAAAACAGCCGCGGUUAGCAAUAAGGUCAGCUCGUUAUCCACUAUCUUGACAGCCAAAUACAUUGCCCCGCAAGGGAAAUUUAUUGCCCUUUCUAAGAAAGAGAAAGCAUCGCCCUUCUCGCCCCCAGGCCAGGAGGAGACUCACCCUCAAGAGGUUACGCAAGCUUGGGGAAAGCACUCAGCUCCCCUCAAGGGUCCCCACCGUCAAGUCAAUGUCAAUAACAUCUAG